UAACGUUAGCCUGUUAGGUAAGGUUAUAACUUCAAACGAACGCAUCAAACCCACGUGUAACUCAGAUAAGCCUCCAUCACCAUACCUUAUGUAAAGGACCCACUUGUGAUUCUGCGAAAAGCCCACACAAUAAGGACCACAUUUAUAUUUAAUUUCACAAUUUUUCCUAAUAUAUAUACACACUCACCUAUGCUUUCUUUUUUUUUUGUAGAUAAGAACCACCGAACCAUAACUCCAAAGAAGAGAGUUCCCGAGGCAAAUGAGAUCACUCACCAUGCCAAUUCUCCUCCCUACCUCUUCCUUCAAAAAAACAGCCACCGUCAUCAUCGCCGGCGUCUUUUCUUUAGCGGCGGCUGUUAGUUUCACCGUUCCUUCAGUCUCACAUGUCAUGGCGUCUUGCUUUCUGAUCUUCUACGAUAACACAGUCUUCCUCGUAAAGCCACCGUAUCUUUACUUAGUCACCAACUGUAUCAUCGUCUCCAUCGUAGCUACGUCUAAGCUGACGCAGAAAGCGUCUGCCCAUAUCGAUGAUCCUGAGUUCUCUGAUGUAGUAACGCCAGAGACGUUAGAACCGGUGCCUUCUGAUAUAGAUGCCGGUUACUUAAACGUGGCGCACGUCGUCUCUUAUACCGGAGUUGAAGAGAACGAUGCACCAGUUGAAGAUGUCUCCGAAGUCAACAGUGAUGAUAACGUGAUAGUGGAUAGUCAACAAGAUCAACAUGCAGAGACAGAGAAGCCAAAGCCGAGUAGUGCCUCGCCCGAACAGGAAUCGAAGGAGCCAAAACCGAAGAGUGAUUCUCCGGCGGUUUCCGUUGUGAAGCCGUUGAGGAAACCGCCGAGAUUCAGUCAACAAAGAUCGCUUAAAAAUAUUGAAGAAGGAGGUGGUGGAAGUAAAAAGUCAAAGGGCUCGAGGAGGGAGGACACGCUGGAGACGACGUGGAGGAAGAUAACGGAAGAACGCUCGACGCCGUUAAAGAAGCACUUGACUAAAUCCGACACGUGGCAAGAAAGGUCGCACGUGCAAAAGAAGGAGAAGAUGACCAAGUCUGACAACUUAUAUGAGGCGGAGGAGACGUUGAAGUUGAAACGAGAGCCGUCGCCGGGUCAGGAAGAGCUGAACAGGCGUGUGGAGGCGUUUAUCAAGAAGUUCAACGAAGAGAUGAGAUUGCAAAGAUUAGAAUCUUUAGCCAAGUAUAACGAAAUGGUUAAUGGAGGGACUCGUUUGUAAUAUUCUUGUUUUUCUUUUUAGCUGUCGAUGGAAAGGAGACUUGAGAGGUUUUUUUGUGGUCUUUCCAAGGAACAAAUCUAAGAAAUAAUGCAAGGAGGAAGACAAAACAAUGUGUACUUAUGCCAAAAAGGAUAUGUGUACUUAUGUGUAGUAUGUAAUGAUUGUUAUAUUUCUAUUU